AUGGCAGAUCACAGGAAACAACCGCGUCAAAACAUGGUGGAGGACGAGACAGCGGCCGAGGCGCUAGUGGAGGGGGAGGAGGAGGUACCGCUGUGCCAGCACAAUGAAUACGACGUGACGCUGUCCCUAGAAGAUCGCGAAGCGAAGUGGGGCUUCUCCUUAAGCGAGCUGCAAUCCGCCGUGAAGGUUGUUCGGGUGCUGUUCUACAAUCCUGACCUCUACGUUGGCGACCCCUACCUCUCUGACAGCCGCCUCUACACAAUGAUCACCCGUGACCGGAAGACGAAACGCGAGAACCGCAACACUUUCAAGGCUAUCAUGAGUGAAGAGAAGAGUCGUCGCAAGCGCUACCUGCGCCAGCAAGAUAUCGAGGCGGUACGCCGCACUGCUAUGAAGCGUGAACGCGACGAGGCGCUGAGCGCGCUGCUUCUCACGGGCAGCGAAGAGGCCGGUAACCGUGUAGCACCGCUCCUGCUCGUUGAGCGGCCAAAAGUGUCCGAGCUAACCGGGAGUGAGCACGGUGAUGACGGCUUGAAGGAUGAAGCUGCAGGCGCCGCUUCUGCAGCUAAUGGCAAUGUGGAAUUUCAUGCGGGCAAUGUGAGCCUUUCUGCAGCGGAGAAGGAAGUGCUGCGGCUUGUCGGUGCCUUUGAGAACCUUCUGCGCCUAGAGCAAGCCCUACGCGGAGAACCGGUGGAGGGCUACGAAGGCGUCAGCGCAGCACCAGCAGCCACUGCGGCGAAUUCUUCCACUGCGCCGUCAUCAUCAGUGGCGUACCCACCCGUCACCGGCGGAGAGGGCGACCCGUUUGCGCCUAGCACGUCCUCCUGCACCAGUGUAAAGAAAUCGAGAAGGGAGGCAGAGGCGUCCACAACUGCCCCCACCGCAGAGCUGGACUGGCUCGUGAUCACGCAGCUCACCGCACAGGUGUACCGCUAUCUCCCGCACUCGUACGGCUCCCAGAUGCCGCCACCCUUCUUUGACGGCGCCGUGCCGGCAGACGCCGUCAACUCCCCUCUUGAGGUGCGCAGCUACGUUCGCGGCGUGAAAUGUGAUGUGGCGCGGCGUGCGGCGGCGCUGGUGCACCUCGCGGGUGAGAUGACACCGCAUAAUUUGCUGGCUACCACCGGAGGCACCGAGCCUGUGUCGCUUUGCUCUCUGUUUGCCUCGACGCACCGCGAUAUCAUUGUGCGCACCCCUCUUGCCGAGCUGCAGUCCAUUGAUGGUCUUCGUUCGUUGAUGGAGGGUGACCAGCCCAGCACAGCGUCCUCGCAGGUGAUGGCUGUGGUCGACGUGCCGCUGGACGACCUGCUACGGGCGCUCGAGCUGGUGCUGCUGGAAGGGGCUAGUGACAAGCGGUUCUGCCCAGUUCCCGCGGCCGCUGAGGGAGACUCAGAGCCGGAGAAAGAGCGCGCGCGCACGCAGCAGCUUUGCGUCGCCGAGCAGACGCUGCACUGCUUCAUCGCACGUCGCUUGUACGGCUCUGCCAAGGUGCGCGGCUGCGGCCCCUCGCCGGUACUGAUUCAGCGAAAUCCUCCUACCUCCUCCUCUGAGGAGCCGGACGGGUACUGCAUCUACGACGAUGUGCAGCGCUACGCUGUGGAGCUGCCCGAGGAUGACACGCAAUUGAAGCUGAGCAAGUUCAUUGGAUGCCACAUCUGCAAAGUGCGCUACAACCGCCUCCACCCGUACUACUACAGCAUGUGCCACCUCUGCGGCGAGUACAACUACAACAAGCGCCUCAUGGCGCGCGACUUGCGCGGAAGAACGGUGCUCCUCACGGGGUGCCGCAUCAAGAUCGGGUACGCAAUGGCGCUCUCGCUGCUUCGCUGCGGUGCCACGGUGCUCGGCACUACGCGCUUCAUCCACGAGGCAGUGGCACGCUUUCAGCAGGAGGUUGACUACAGGCUAUGGAAAGACCGCCUGCACCUUUUCUCACUCGAUCUGCGCGACAUGUGGGUCGUCACGCAGUUCUGCGCGUUUGUGCGGCAGAAGUACAGGAAACUGUUCGCCAUCAUCAACAACGCAGCGCAGACGAUUGCGCGGACGCCGCAGUACACGGAGCACCUUCGCAACAUUGAACUGAACCCGCCGGCUGCUCUGCAAACCAGCAUCCAGAACGAUGCGUGCGCCGCUGAGUGGCACAAUUUUUUCUGCCAUCACACAACCGUCACGGUGGGGCAGCCGCUAUCGAUUGAGUACCACCCGAGCCUGAAGCCCUUUCUCGACACGGAUCAAGCUGCUCGCCACGAGGAUGCGGGUGCGAAAAGAAGCAAUAAUAGCGCAGGACCGCAGCCUGGCAUCGCCGCGAGCGAGAUGCCACUGUUGGUGGACAACAACGUGGCGGCCUUGCAUGUGGCGUGCGACCGUACCCUUAUCUUUGACCGCUACGACACGCAAGCGGAGGAGAGCGACCACCGUGAGAAGAACUCGUGGGUGAUGAACCUCGCUGAGGUGCAGGGUAGCGAGGCGGCCGAGGUGAUGGCCAUCAACGCCCUCUCCCCUUUUAUUCUCAAUGGUCGCCUCAAGGUGUGCCUGACAGACCACCAGGGCGAUGCCGUGCCGAACGAGCCACGCUUCAUAAUCAACGUCUCGGCGAUGGAGGGACAGUUUUACCGAUUCAAGCAGACGACGCACCCGCACACAAAUAUGGCCAAGGCGGCGCUGAACAUGAUGACGCGCACGAGCGGCGAUGACUACGCAGCGGCCGGAAUCUACAUGAACUCGGUAGACACCGGUUGGAUUACGGAUGAGUCUCCAAAGCUGAAGAAGGAUCGACGGACAGAGCAAUUUAUGCUGUGCCCGCUCGACGAGGUGGAUGCGGCGGCACGAUGCCUGGACCUCAUCUUCACAAACAGCCGUGUGUAUGGCAUGUUCUACAAGGACUUCAAGGAGAUUGUAUGGUAG